AUGCUGAAUCCGUACCACAUAUGUCAUAAAGGUAUCCGUCUGACCAUGCUGAAUCCGUACCACAUAUGUCAUAAAGGUAUCCGUCUGACCAUGCUGAAUCCGUAUCACAUAUGUCAUAAAGGUAUCCGUCUGACCAUGCUGAAUCCGUACCACAUAUGUCAUAAAGGUAUCCGUCUGACCAUGCUGAAUCCGUACCACAUAUGUCAUAAAAGUAUCCGUCUGACCAUGCUGAAUCCGUACCACAUAUUUCAUAAAGGUAUCCGUCUGACCAUGCUGAAUCCGUACCACAUAUGUCAUAAAGGUAUCCGUCUGACCAUGCUGAAUCCGUACCACAUAUGUCAUAAAGGUAUCCGUCUGACCAUGCUGAAUCCGUACCACAUAUGUCAUAAAGGUAUCCGUCUGACCAUGCUGAAUCCGUACCACAUAUGUCAUAAAGGUAUCCGUCUGACCAUGCUGAAUCCGUACCACAUAUUUCAUAAAGGUAUCCGUCUGACCAUGCUGAAUCCGUACCACAUAUUUCAUAAAGGUAUCCGUCUGACCAUGCUGAAUCCGUACCACAUAUGUCAUAAAGGUAUCCGUCUGACCAUGCUGAAUCCGUACCACAUAUGUCAUAAAGGUAUCCAUCUGACCAUGCUGAAUCCGUACCACAUAUUUCAUAAAGGUAUCCGUCUGACCAUGCUGAAUCCGUAUCACAUAUGUCAUAAAGGUAUCCGUCUGACCAUGCUGAAUCCGUACCACAUAUGUCAUAAAGGUAUCCGUCUGACCAUGCUGAAUCCGUACCACAUAUGUCAUAAAGGUAUCCGUCUGACCAUGCUGAAUCCGUACCACAUAUUUCAUAAAGGUAUCCGUCUGACCAUGCUGAAUCCGUAUCACAUAUGUCAUAAAGGUAUCCGUCUGACCAUGCUGAAUCCGUACCACAUAUGUCAUAAAGGUAUCCGUCUGACCAUGCUGAAUCCGUACCACAUAUGUCAUAAAGGUAUCCGUCUGACCAUGCUGAAUCCGUACCACAUAUGUCAUAAAGGUAUCCGUCUGACCAUGCUGAAUCCGUACCACAUAUGUCAUAAAGGUAUCCGUCUGACCAUGCUGAAUCCGUACCACAUAUGUCAUAAAGGUAUCCGUCUGACCAUGCUGAAUCCGUACCGCCAAAUCUAUUUUGGAGGGUUUACAUAUAUUCUUCAAAAUAGCAGGUUCAAUAUUUCGCUUGCGGAAAGUUGA